AAAUACAAACUUUUGAUAAAAUUAUUUCGAAAACAAAUUAGUUUUUCUCAAAAAGAGGAAAAUGUUCAUUUUACAAAUUUGAUUACUGUCGGUUCACCUUCAUUUUCUGACGUAGAGUAUCUUCUCACCUGGUCAUAAAUUAUAAUUCAUCAUAAAAGUCGAGAACAACCGGAGUUAAGCGGACGAAACAUUUGGAAAAUAAGUCGCGAACAUUGAAUACUGAAUUGAAAUUGAAUAAGAAAAACUGAAACACGUACACAUAUACUACUUAACAAUAAAACCAAUUAAAGUUUUGCACAAACAAUUUCAAAUUUAACUUAUUUACUAACUUAAUAUGAUAUAUAUUCUAAAAUCGAGCAUGUAUUCCAUUCAAAUCAUUUUGAUAUUUUGUUCAAUUCUACAGUACAUUGAAGCAAUUAAUUCAGAUGACGAAUUAUUUGCUGUAAAUAUUAAUGGAGCUAAUACAUAUUCCAGUUCAAAUGUACCAGGUAGUUUGUCGGAAUAUUCAAUUGAUGACGAUUUUAUGCACAUUCAACCAACAUGCUUUCAAACUGAUCCUGCACAACCUGAUUUAAACGGUUAUCAUUGGUUAAUGAUUGAUUUCGGUAUUAAUUUACGCCAUAUAAAAGAAAUACGACUUGCUCCGAAUCCAUUUCAUAAAUAUUUCGCUACAAAACUCUCAAAUAUUGAUGUGUUUUUGAUAAAAAGUGGAGAAUCAUUGGAAACUGAUGAAAUGUUAGCAUCACUUAGACAAACAAACCACAAAACACCAAAUCAUCUUAUAAAAUGGAAUUCAAAAGGCAUCGAAUUAUGUCAAUCAACAGGUAAUAUUACAGCUGGUACUCGUGCUGCUACAAUAGAAUGUCCUCAAGAAAUGGAUGCCAAGUGGUUAGCAUUACGUAGAACAGAUGAACUAGAAAUUUGCCUGGUCAAUGUUUACGUAAAGAAAGCUCAUGAAGAGUGCUUUAUACAGUAUACAACAGAAGAACAACAAAUAUGGCCUAGUAUUUCAGGUCAACCAUUUAGUUUUAUACGGCAUUUAUCAAAAUCUGCCUGUCGUGCUGGAUGUUCAGCCAAUAGGAAUUGUCAAGCUAUACGCUAUAAGAAAAUGAGACAUACUGGAGUCUGUGAACAAAUACGUGAUGUUGUACUUUCAGAAGAUCAUACUAAUGUUUCACAAGAUUCUUCAUUAAACUGCGAGUCAGAGAAUUGCAUGAUUGUAUUAAACAAGUGUCAUUUGGGCAGGCUAGAAGAAUUACAUCAAGUUAGACAAUUGCAUGAAAAUAACACUUUAACAACAAUUUCUAAUCUAGACAAUGAGAACAGUGAUUUACAGAGUGAAAACAAAUUCUCACUGUGGGAAAUUCAACCAAAUGCACCAAAAGCUGACCACCAAUCAAACGAAUUGAAAUCGGAAUUCUUAUUUUCUAUUCAAAUGGAUGGUUAUUUAUAUUGUAGUAAAGCUGUUUGUGAUACAUUGAAAGUUUAUUCAGUGGAUGAGAAUAAUGAAGCAAUUCUUUGUGGCGAAAUUGAUUCACUUAUUGUGUCUAAUUUAAACAAAUACUAUUUGUUCUGUCAAAAUCAUUAUCCAAUGGAUAAAACGAAAUUUAUUCGUUUAGAAUGGAGUAAUAUGGGUAGAGAAAAGGCUGGUUAUUUACAUGUGAAUAUUACACAAAUAUUCGUUAGAAUAACCCAAAAUAUGAAAUUAUUGAAUAUGAAUUUAAAUGUGAAUAAUAUUCCGACGACAACUUAUCCAACUACAACUGUUACAAAAAAUACAGAGUUUAUUAGUGAACAACAGUCUGGUAAACAUUUUGUAGAGGUAAAAGAAGAUGAAGUAAACGAACAGCACACAACUCAACAAUACCAAGAUCAAUUCAAUGAGUUGAAAAAUGAGAAGGAAGAAGAAGAGGAGGAAAAGGCAGAGCACAAUGUACAAGAAGUAGAACUACUUCAACAAUACUAUCAGCAUGAAAAGGGAGAGUUAGAAGGCAAGAGAAAAGGCGAAAAAACAAAAGCACUACAUCAUCAAGGUGCAUUUAGUGGCGAAGAAGAACAAUAUACUGAAGUAAACGAAACCAACACUCUUAAUGAUAGCCUAGAAGAAAAUAGUCAUUCAACCGACUGGUUGAACACGAAUACUGGUUUCACAGACGAUGAAGAAGGUGAAUAUGACAUAUCGACACUGGAAUCAUUUGAUGGUAAAACUGUAGAAGACGACCUAACAUAUGCAACAGAAAAUGAAUCGGAUGUAAAAAUAACAAAUAUUAAUGAAGAGCAUCACAUAUCCCCUGAACAAAAUCACUUAGGCGACAUAACCACUGAACCAUAUGAUGUUGUAGAACAUACUGAAACCAUUGAUCGUAUGGUUACCAAUUCAUGGGCUCUGCAGUCAGAGUCACGUAAAGAUUUUGACAAGAAUGAAAAAACAUAUCAACAGAAAAACACGAUUUCCACAAAGCUAGGUGUACGUGAAGCGAGAAGAGAAAAAGAACAUAACAGUGUACGACUGACUGAACAGCAGCGUCAUAAUUUAGAAAAGAAAUCAUUGCAAACCGCUCGGGUUGAUGAGAAUCCAGAAAAUAAAUGCUCGCUGUUACAUGGUCCUGCAUCUGCUUUGGUUUUUCUAAUUACUUUUUUCAUAUUUCAAGAGAUUUGGUGAACUUUUUGUGAGGAAAGUGAAAUGAAGUUACAUUGUUUCAGAAUGGAAUUCGAGAAUGUUUGAUGUGUGACAUUUUCAGAUUAAAAUGAGGUUGUCUGUAUUAUUUUGUUUGAUUGAAGGAAAAUAAUUAUGUUUGUCGAUAGGUCACUUUAUUAUUCUGUAAGGUAACUUUUCAUGAAACUUUUCUUUAUUAAGAGCUGACCCAUUCUCUUCUUAUAAUGGGCCUAUAUUCAUUAUUUCAUUUUGCAAGAUUUCAAAAUUAAUCAGGAAUUUAAUUGCAGUAGGCUGAAUCAGUUGUUCUUUCUUAUUCUUGAUUACUAAAGACAAGGAUUUAAGUCAUUUUCACAAAUAAUGGUUAACUAAUUUUAGCUUAUAUAUUUGUUUUUCCAUGCUGCCAUUGAUCUCAAUUAAAUGAAUAUCAGGUUUUGUGUGAAGGACAAUUGUUUCGAAUGUCUUUUCUCUUCGUUUAGCAAAUUACUUAAAAACUUAACUUGAACUUUUUUGAUAUUACCGUUUUAUUUAUAUACACUAAAGUGAUUAAAACACAAAGUGUAUCUUUAUUUGUGUGUUUUCUAAA